GGUUCUAGGUACACACACCGUACUCAUGACAUGCUCACGUGGCUUCAGGCUAUAAAUAUUAGGCAACAGGUUGUCAUUGUGUCAUUGUGGUCUCCUCCGCCGCCCAGAGCAGAGCCCCGCUGACGAAGACGCUCACGAGGAACCUGCAAUUACUCCACCAACCACAAUGAAGGCCCAACGCGUCACGAGAACCAGCAGCUCAGGCACGCCCAAAGAACUAAUGCUGAGGACGUAUCAGAGGGCUGUGUUCUCCACGCUUUUCUUGGGUUAUGCCUGUUACACGUAUAACAGGAAGAGUGUGUCUUAUGCUAUGCCGACGCUCCUGGCUUCGGGGCUCAUUACCACGGCUACUGUAGGUGCAAUCACCAGCUGCCAGAACACGGCUUAUGCAAUUAGCAAGUUCCUGGGCGGGGUUCUCUCAGACAGGAUCAGCGCCCGGGUUCUCUUCGCAAUGGGACUGGCUUUGAGCGGGGGAAGCACACUGCUGUUUUCGAGAACUGAGGACGCGAGACUCUGGGCGUUGUUGUGGUUCGCUAACGGCUUCGCGCAGGGAGCUGGAUGGCCGGCGUGUGCUAAGUUACUGAAGAAGUGGUUCAGCCCGGCCAACUUCGGCACGUGGUGGAGUGUGCUGACGGCCAGCAGCAAUGUGUCAGGAACCGCGUCGCCCCUCAUCGCCGCCUACGUCAUCGUUCACCAUGGCUGGAGCGCCUCACUCAUCCUGGCAGGUCUGGUGUCUAUCAUGAUGGCGGGCGUGUCUCUGGUGGCACUGGUGGACGAUCCUGCUCACGCCCACCUCCCCGACCCGACCGCCUCCUCCCGCCCCUCCCCGCCCACCAAGCCUAAGCAAGAUAAGGGCGUAACCACUAAUAAUACCAACAUGACCGUGAAGGACUUAGCUCGUUCUCCCUUCCUGUGGGUGGUUUCUGUGAGCUACAUGGUCGUCUUCUGCAGCAAAACAGCGCUGUCAGACUGGGGGCAGAUCUAUCUCAUUGAGGAACUUGGCCGGUCGCAAAUGCAAGCGAGUUCCUUCACGAGUGCAAUCGAAACAGGAGGUUUCAUUGGCGGAAUCCUUGCCGGCGUGAUCACGGACAAGAUGGCACGGCGGCUGAGAAUAGUUGGGAACGUCAGGCUCAUGGUCGCGGCUGGGUUCAUGGUCGCCUGCGCUGUCGGCCUCCACCUGCUGUGCUAUCUUCUCUCGCCGCAGUCAUCUCAGCUCCUCGUAUCCGCCGUGGGUGUGUUGCUCGGGGCCAGCAUGUUUGGCCCGAUUUCUAUCUAUGGCAUUGUGGCAUCUGAAUCCUUCCCCGCCCAUCUGUCUGGCACUGCGCAUGCCGUGGUGGCCCUCGCUGCCAAUGUGGGCGCUGUGGUCGCUGGCUGGCCGCUGAGUUGGGUCGCCAGAACCUAUUCGUGGAACGGGGUCUUCCUGCUUCUCGAGAUCCUAGCUGCGUCUUCUGUCCUCCUCAUCCUCGUCAGCAGAAGAAUACACAUCACACUCAAGGCCAAGGAGCAGUAGAAGGAGUCUAUGUGUAUAUAUUUAUAGUAUUUUUUCUUCCUUUUGUAAUAAUAAUAAUAAAAAUAUAUUCAGGUUA